UUACACAACACUCAGACGUUCGUGUCCUGCAGCACCUGGCGGUCACUCGUCCUGAAGCUGUGGGUUUGGGGUUCGGUGAGACGGAGCGCGGGACUGCCCUCAAUCUGUGCGUAAAACACGCGUGGUCCACGCGCAUUUCGUGUUUUCAGGAACUCUGAGACAGUUUGAUUGUCCGAAGGGAGGUUUUACCAAACUGGCUUUAUAUAAGGUGUUUGUCGUUGUUAUGAACAAAAGGAUCAUAUAAAAAGGGCCGUGGACAUCGACUGUUCACUGGAGGUAGAAUAAGGUAUGAUGGAUAUGAGCAGUACCAGGACCUACAAUCAUGAACUUGUGCCACACAAAGGUUUCACGUUGAUUAGUGGAAUUCAUGAUCCAGAUGAUGUUGAUCAGAUUUACAACCUGGAGAUCAGAGACUCAGAUGUGUUUGUCAUUACAUAUCCAAAAUCAGGGACCAUCUGGAUGCAGCAGAUCCUGCUGCUUCUGGAGGCAGAUGGAGAUGAAACGGCCACCAGUAAGUUUAACAACAAUGGGGAUCUCAUCCCCUGGAUUGAAAUAACUGGCAGCAGAGAGGCCUUCAUAAAAGCCCCGUCCCCCAGGAUGAGGGUCACCCAUUUGCCGUACCACUUCAUGCCAUCAGCACUGAGCCAGAAGAAGGGUAAGGUUAUUUACAUAGCAAGAAAUCCCAAAGACGUCCUCGUGUCUUACUUCUACUUCCAUAAGAUGGCGAGCAUGUUGGAGACACCAAAGGAUUUUAAUGAGUUCUUUGAGAGAUUCCUGCAAGGCCAUGUUUUUGGAUGCAGCUGGUUUGAGCACAUUAAGACGUGGUACUCACACAAGGAUGAAAUUAACGCACUGUUCAUCACUUAUGAAGAAAUGAUUCAAGAUCUGCGGUCGGUAGUGGACAGGAUCUCCUUGUUCCUGGGAAAACAACUGAAUGAUGAGCAACUGGCGAAUGUUGUGAAACACAGCACCUUCACCAACAUGUGUAAGAUCCCUCAGGCCAGCUAUGAGCAGGUGCCUGAGGAGCUGCUUAACCACCGCCAGGGAAGGUUCAUGAGGAAAGGGACCAUUGGUGACUGGAAGAAUCAUUUCACUGUGGCCCAGAACGAGCGCUUCGAUGAGCUCUUCCAAAAAGAGAUGAAGGAUUUCCCUUUGUCCUUUAUCUGGGACAUCAGACACAUUGAGUGAUCGCCUGCUGGCAUCGUGAGAAGAGUUACAUCUUUAAGUUUUUACUAAACAGAAAACAGCUUGUCUUUGGACAUUUCAAUUCACUGCUGUUAGAUUCCUUCCACUUCUACUGGUGUCAAUCAAUCAUCAUUUUACAAUCAUGCAGUAUAUAACGUGUAUAGUAGUAAAAUGUGAUUGGUCCAUAGCAGGUCUUACCUUGUGGUCAUGUGGACAUCAGCUCUAUGUUAAUCAUUUUAAAUAAAGCUGGAGACCACACAUGCAUCCAUCAGGUUUCAUUUAAUAUGAUGCAUAGAAAUGAGUCCACCACUUACUGUGCCCUGAUAUAGUAAGAACACAUGAGAGAAUUAACUCUUUUGCAACGGCUUCAAUUUAAAAAAACAAACUUAUUCACACUUGCUUCUUGCCACAUAAUGAAUUUUGUCAUCUGACAGAGACAAACACGUGUGUGCGCUGCAUUUAUUACUCCUUCUCCCACUGAUAAGUCUUGACAAAAUAAAGGUAGCUGUUGGAUCCUG